UCGACUCGUCUCCACCUCUAAAAGUGAUCCAGGGACCAGUGGCCUACGUAUAUCCCCCCAUCCGUUUUUUAGAAGGCAGACGCCAGGAUAGCGUCUAUUGGUGGGAGAGAAGCUCGUCGCCGUCGCCAGGAUUUCAGGAGAUCCCUAGUGUUCCCGAUCUCGAUAUCUUCUUCGCGAAAUGGCUCGUGUCUAUGUUGGCAAUUUGGAUCCGCGAGCUACUGCCCGGGAACUUGAAGAUGAGUUUCGGGUGUUUGGGGUUUUACGAAGUGUAUGGGUUGCCAGGAAGCCACCGGGUUUUGCUUUCAUUGACUUUGAUGACCGCAGGGAUGCUCAGGAUGCAAUUCGUGAACUGGAUGGUAAGAAUGGAUGGAGAGUUGAGUUGUCCCAUAACUCAAGUGGUGGCAGCCGUGGUCGUGACCAUCAUGGUGGUUCUGAUAUGAAGUGUUACGAGUGUGGUGAACCUGGUCACUUUGCCCGUGAAUGCCGUUUGCGAAUUGGUUCUGGAGGAUUAGGCAGUGGAAGGCGUCGUAGCCGGAGUCCCAGAUAUCGCAGGAGUCCAAGCUAUGGUAGAAGGAGCUACAGUCCUCGUUACCGCUCUCCAAGGCGACGCAGCGUGUCACCUCGUGGGCGCAGUUACAGCAGGUCACCACCAUAUCGCCAUAGCCGUGAUGAAUCACCCUAUGCUAAUGGAAACUCUGCUGCCAGAUAUAGGCGCCGCAGUAGGAGCUGAGCACUGAUACUGGCUUGAUACUUCAUCUUUUUCGACAAUAGCUCCUUGGGCUUUGUUGGCUGUGAACUGUGUUCUAUUUGAGCGACACUCAACAACGACUGCUUGAAUUUGGAUAAGUUAUUUUUAACUUUAAUUACCUUUCUAUACAUGUCUCCUAUCAUAUGCCAAAUAGUUUGUGGUUUUUGUAGUUUUAAGGAAUAGGGAGAUUUAUAAUAGGGAUGAUGCAAUGCAACUAAGAUCCAUAUCUUCUUUUCUUUUGUGUGUUGAGGAUGGGUGGUCCUGCUUAACGACGUGCCCGACUUCGGCACCAUUGCUUUUGUGGUUCUACUCCCACGUGGUUUUGUUCUUCGCUCGCACUCACCUGCUACCUUCGAACAAAUUGCGAUAUCUUCUUUGCUUCUUGCCUUAGAUGCUUCUCCGUGCUUGAUAUUCUUCGGCUGUGAUGCUGCUUCUUUCGAAACUUGUAACGGCCCUUCCUCCUAACUUGAAGGUUUGAGAUGUUACUAAGCCAAUAUGUUUUCUGAAAAAAAUUAGGCAAUUCAGACUUUUACUUCCCAGACCUACAGAUCUGCUGGAUUGCUGCUCACUCACAAUUUCGGAGGUGAGAAAAACCUAAAACUGCAUCCUGUUUAUUUGAGGGUCGAUCUGGCUUAUUUUUCUUCGGCUGCAAAAUGUAGUUGAACAUUUGGGAAGGAAAGUCCAUGCUGGGUUGUGGGCUGUAUCGUCUUGUGUUUUCAUUAUUGAGUCAUUGGUUAUCAAUAGCCAAGAAGGAUUUUAUCACUUCAACAAAAAUUGCUGCUCCCUUCAAGUGCGCUUUCACA